AUGUCCUCUCUUUCUGUGGCUGAUCUGUUUGGCGUCAAGGGCCGAGUUGCCCUGGUGUCCGGGGGAUGCUCGGGUCUUGGGUUGAUGAUCGCAAAGGGUCUCGUGUCGAAUGGCGCAAAGGUAUACGUCACUGCAUUACCGACAGACGACAUUGAAUCGGUCGUGACUGAGCUUAAUGAAAUGGGAAAGCCGUCUGGGGCCAAGGCCGUUGGAUUUGCGAGCGAUCUCGCUUCAAAAGAGGGCAUUGCAGCUGUUGCAAGAGAACUUGAAAAGCGUGAAACUCACCUGGACAUUCUGUGCUCAAACGCUGGGAUCAGGAGAGACCCUCCAAAGAUGUGCAACGUCAAAACUGCGUCUUUGGAUGAGUUGCAAGAGUCGAUGUGGUCUUCACGACACUCGGAUUGGGACGAUACUUUCCGCGUCAAUGUUACCGCACACUACUUCUUGUCGGUUGCACUGCUGAAAUUGCUGGUGGCAGCGAGCAAUCUUGACAUUGGAAAUGGCCGAAAGGGACGGGAUGAGGGUCGAGGGGUGAUGAUCAUCACCAGCAGCUGCGCUAGCAUGCAUAACUGCACAAAUGUCGAUUUGACCAGCUAUGCGGCCAGCAAAGCGGCGAUUGAUCAUUUGGUUGCGCUGUUGGCGAGUAAGUUUGCCAGAUGGUACGUCAGAGUCAAUGCCAUCAAUCCAGGCUUUGUUCCUAGCAAAAUGAACCCCGUUGAAGAAGGCGACAAUCAAUUUGCCGAGCUCUUCAAGGCAAUGCCAGCAGCAAGAAUAGGUAAGAUGGAGGAUAUUGCAGGAGCAGUGCUAUAUUUGAGCAGCCAAGCAGGGGCUUAUGUGGACGGAAGAUGCCUCUGUGUCGAUGGUGGACGAGUCUUGCUGGCAAAUGGACAGUAG